CCCGAUAAUUUGCGCAAAUUCUGUGAGUAAUUGUCCCUCGAUCAAUAUGUUCUGCGCAGAAUCUGCGCGACAUGAUGCUGAAUAACAGGAUUUCAGAGGGGUGUGGGGGUUGUUGCCGGUUUGUUAAUGACGUAUCACCUGACUCCGUCAGAAUACACUGUCAAGGGGGAGGAGAGGAUGGAGUAAAUAAAUAAAUAACCAAAAGGAGAUGAAUUAAUUCAAACCUCAGCAUCAUCUAGUGCUGCUGCAUCGAGCAUUACUCGACAUAGGGAAGAAGGGAAGAAACGGACACACCGGGGACAGGGCAAGCAUAGUGCAAGGUGUCAGCCUAAUAAGAAAUUACCUAGGCUAUUAGAUCUGCGGCGUAGAUUAGUCCUCGCGUGAGAAUCGGCUGCCGUCCGGAUCGAGCCGUCAUUUUAUUACUAGACUGUACCUGUUAAUCGCUGUAUAUUUAUUAAAAAACAUUUUCCCCCAGUUACCUUAUUGGGAAAUUGAUAGCGAUUAUUACGAUUUUCUGUAAAACAGAAAACGAUCGGAUGUUUAAUGAAGCCUAGACACUUGCCUAAAUGAUAUUGGACAUUCUUCUUCAGCGAACACUGCUGAAGAAAAGCGCCGGGCCCUCGCGUGCGGAUCAGUUUCAACCUGCUUUAUUCAUUAUAACCACGAAGAAAUAGCUAUUUAUUGCCGCGUGCGUUACGUAAGUAACGCAUUAACACCGGACUGAGGAUAAACACGAACGGGACUCCAGCGCAGAGAACAGUGUUACCUUUCCCAAGAUUAUCUAUAUUCGCAAGAGAACCCGCGCUAACUUGAGAUUUUAUCUUAAUGUGAAAAGACCACACACUGUUAUUUCAUUCGGAAAGUGAAUAUUUUUCAGGGUCCAUGUUUUAAGCCAUAGGCUGUCAUUUGGGAUUUCAAAGAGGCAGUCUGGGAACCUAAACGCUUUAACUUGGAUAGCUUGCUGUUUUCUUGGUGAGAAUAAUCCUUGAGGGUGAAACUAAGGAGAGAAGAUGUCGGGGCAGACGCUAACGGACCGCAUAGCCGCUGCCCAGUACAGCCUGACCGGAUCAGAGGUGGCUCGAGCUGUCUGCAAAGCCACCACGCACGAAGUGAUGGCGCCCAAGAAGAAGCACUUGGAAUACCUGAUCCAGGCAACCAAUGAGACCAACGUGAACAUCCCACAGAUGGCUGAUACACUGUUUGAAAGGUCCACUAAUGCCAGCUGGGUGGUGGUCUUCAAGGCACUAGUCGCCACGCAUCACAUAAUGGUUAAUGGAAAUGAGAGGUUCAUCCAGUACUUGGCCUCCCGCAGCACUCUCUUCAACCUCAGUAACUUUCUGGACAAAACUGGGUCUCAUGGCUAUGACAUGUCAACGUUCAUCAGACGCUACAGCAGGUACCUGAAUGAGAAGGGCUUUGCUUACCGGCAGAUGGCCUUCGAUUUCACCAGGGUGAAAAAGGGUGCUGAAGGUGUUAUGAGGACAAUGGCUCCAGACAAGCUGCUGAAAGGGAUGUCCAGCCUGCAGGGGCUGAUCGAUGCGCUGCUGGAGUUCGACGUUCAUCCUAAAGAACUGACCAAUGGAGUGAUAAAUGCUGCCUUUCUUCUGCUCUUCAAAGACCUGAUUAAGUUAUUUGCCUGCUACAAUGAUGGAGUUAUUAAUUUAUUAGAGAAAUUCUUCAAAAUGAAGAAAGGAGAAUGCAAGGAUGCACUGGAAAUCUACAAGAGGUUCCUGACCAGGAUUACCAGAAUUUCAGAGUUUCUCAAGAUUGCUGAGCAAGUCGGGGUCGAUAAAAAUGACAUCCCUGACGUUUCUUAUGCUCCACCCAGUCUUCUGGAGUCCCUGGAGGCUCACGUGAACACCCUAGAAGGGAAGAAAGGGGACGGGUGAGUGCGUGUUCUUUCACCCACAGUAAAGGGUUAAAUUGUGUUACAAAUUAAGAUUUCUGAUUGUCUAAUUAAUUAAUUUUCAUAAUCGAAGGAGAGGACAUUUGGGGCCUGAACAAUACACAUUUGGAUGGGGAGGUGUGGAUUUUCCUUGACGGACUCAGACAGUGGCUGUUAGCACCUCAGGUCUUUUGUGUCCUUGAGAGUGUCCCUGUUGUUUGAAAGCUUUGCACUGGAGUCCUGUAUCACAGAGGCAAUUUUUCC